AUGGCCCUCCUGAAGCGCGCUGCGGUGCGCCACUGCGGCGGCCGGCUGGUGGCGGUGCAUGAGGGCGGCUACAGCGACGUGUACGUGCCGUUCUGCGGCCUGGCGGCGAUAGAGGCGCUGGCGGGGCUGCGGUCAAAGGUCUCGGACCCAUACCUCGAGGACGUGCAGGGCUUUGGCUGGCAGGCUUUGCAGCCGCAUCAGGACGCGGUCCUGCGGCGCUGCGAGGCCCAUGUCGCGCGCUUGGCCACGCGACUGGCCGCCAGCGGCAGCGCGAGCGGCGGCGGCGGGAGCAGCAGCGGCGGCAACGGCAGCGGCAGCAGCGCAGCGGCGGCGCGGCGGUAG